GGGCACUGGAGUCUGAGUAGGCUCCGGGCAGACCGACUGCAGAUGAAGUUUUCACUCACGCUCACCCGGUGGGACUCUCAGGAAUUCAAAUUAACCUGCCAGACUUCACCGUGCGACUGACAUGUUGCGAUGUUUCGCGCAGACUUACAGAACGUGCACUUGUUUCGGAUCAUUUUGUUGUGUUUUGCACUUUUUCCGGAGGCUGGCUGUAGGUCAGCCGAUGCAGGCAGCUGUCAUGAGGUGAAGAUAGCCUACAUGAUGCGCCAGAUAGGCCCCGUGGAACUGGUGCCAGAAAGACCCGGUACAGGGGAGCCGCUGAGAGUGUGUGUGCAUGCUGGGCCCAGCUGCUGUACGAGUAAAAUGGAGGACAGUUACAUGGCAGCUGUUCGAAGCGAGAUGCAGCACAAGAUGCGAUCCUACAGCUUCGAACUCAAAUACCUGAUUGAUGGACAUGGAAAGGCCUUCCAAGAAAUCUUUGAGUCACUCGUGUCCUUCACAUCGAACCUGACAUGCAGUCUGUUUGACAGCGCCUACUCCGCUCUCGCAUCAGACUGCCAGCUGCCUGUGUUCCAGCUGUUUUCCGACAUCAGACGGCACCUUUCAGGAGAAGCUAACUCCUCCCUCAACAACGCAGUGCGCCGAUUUUAUAACGAUCUCUUCCCGCUGGUGUACCGCCGCCUGCUCAACCCUGGGAUUGGCCGUCCAUCAGCAAUAUCUCAUUUAUCCUUCUUAUCCAACCACGAUGACUGUCUGUGGAUGACACAACAGGAUGUCAAUCCGUUCGGACCUCAUCCUCGACUGCUCGUCAGCAGCCUGUCUCGCGCUCUCGGACCUGGUCGGGCUCUGAGCCGGCUGCUGAGGCUGGCAGGAGAAGUUGUGAAUUCAACAGAGAAGGUGACCUUAUCCAGGGAGUGUGGACGGGGAUUAGUAAAGAUGCAGUACUGUUCGCACUGCAGAGGUCUGACGCUGAUACGGCCCUGCACUGGACUGUGUCACAAUGUCAUGAAAGGAUGUCUGGUGGGUGUUUCUGAGCUUGGUGCCCCCUGGGGACGCUUGGUGGUAUUGCUCCAAAGGUUAGCUGCUACUUUAGCAACCAGCAGCAACCACAACAGCAUGGAGCUAGCUCUGCUGGCAGUUCGAAACCAUGUGAAUGAUGCAAUACUACACGCACAACUGCACGGUCCACGAAUCACAGCUACAGUAGAGAAGGUUUGUGGGCCCCAGGAACCUGGUUUCAUGCUUAUGGAUACAAAGUCAUCCCUAAUACACCCUGUAACCCAGGCAACACUACUCGCCUCGAAGAGGUCGGCGGUAACUCUGUCUGCUUCACCUCAUCGCCACCUGCAGUCGCAUCCCCAGAAGUCAUUCCCCCUUAAAGGUUCGAAAGGAGACAAAAGUCGAAGCCUGAAAAAGCUAUCAAGGGAAUUUGAGAUCUCCAUCCAGCGGUACCAGUGGUUUUUGUCUGAGCUGCCAGAAAUGCUUUGUGAAAGUGAAAUGGAGGUUGAGCAGCACACAUGCUGGAGUGGUGAAGAUGUCGUAGAAAGUUAUGCAGGUCACGUUGUUGGCAGCACUUUGAAAUCCCAGAAGGAGAAUCCAGAGAUGUCUAUACGCCACACAGAUCCUGCCCUCAAGGAGGUGAAACAAAGGCUGGAGCGGCUAACGCAGGAGCUGUUGGCGGAUCUCGGCUGGGCAAGCAGAGGAAGAGGAAGAGGGGAGGCAGAGGACGGAGGGAGCGCCCUGACAGAUGGAAGCGGUGGGGACCAUUGUGAUGAUGAGGAUGGCUGUGGAGCAUCUGGUGAAGAGAGCGGUGACGAUUCUUCAAGCGGUCGUAGUCCAGAAACAAAAGACUCGCCUCCCGUCGCUCCUCGUCGCCCAGUUCCUCCAGUUCAACAUUCACCUCCCCAGGUGGCUGUUCACGGAUCAGCCCAUUCGACGACCUUUGAACCCCUGACUGGGUUAAUUAUUCCUCUGCUCCUAACGCUGUCGCCAUGGGAACCCCGCUGACGACGAAGCGAGCGAGAAGGCUGAAGGAGAACGGCGUGCUGCAUGUUGCCACGUUGGAGACGUAACGGUUCAGCCGAACUGGUGGAACGAGCUGCUGGUGCAAAGAACACCUUUUUUACUAUUACCUGUAACUGACCUACCUAAUGGUGAUAGGAUAGUUCGCACAGCAUUACUGAUGUUUUUUUUUUUUUUUUUUUUUUGGAGAAGCUGUAAAUACAAGUAUAUAUAAAUUAUAUAUUUAUAUUGAGAGGUUCAAUAGAUAAUAGCCUGAUGUGUACAUUGAGUUUAUUGUGAAACAAAAUGGUAAAAUACUUGGAUGGUAAUGGGUUUUCUUUUUUCAAUAUGGUCAAGAAAUUAAUUUACAUUUACCUUUUUGUUACCACAACACUACAGCAAAACUCCUGCAAACAUGUAAUAUUUGUCAAAAUGAGGAUGGAGCAUGCAGGAAGGUUGUUUCUAAAAAGGCUACCUGAACAAACUUAUCUGAUGCUUCUGCUGCUUGUCAGUCUGUGCACACUGGUCUCGCCUUGCAGGGUUUAUCUCCACUGGAAGACUUUGUGAUAAUCUGACUGCAAAAGGUAUCAUUUUGGAUAUUUUGUCAUCAUGCCCUGCAAUGUUUGGAUUUCUUGAACUAUUAGAACUCUUGAACAAGCUAGCAUAGCUGAACUACUUCCCUCUCCCUCACUAUUUUUUCUAUUUAAAACUUUCUCCUGACCUUGUUAUUCAGUUGUCAUUUUAUAUAUCACGUGUACAAUUAGGUUUUAGCACUUUAUACUGAUUACAGCUAAAAACAAUGCUAGCCAUCGUCAGCCAGCAGCUUUUCGCCCUCCAACAGGGAGAUGGGGCUGCAACGGGUCCAAAUUGUCUAUUUAAUUGUUUCUAAUCUAAUCUGCCUGGGCAGAUUAGAUUUCCCCUGGCAGCAUACCUAGAGACUGAAAUUUGAUUGGAUGAAACGUCAAUCGUCCACACAGACAUAUAUGGGAAGCAAUACAGCCAAGAGAAAUGUUACAGAAAAAGAAAAUAGACGUUUGGAAGUAAAUUAAUACAAUUUAAUUGAAUAAACAUUAUAAUUUAGGCUGUAGAUAUUCUGAUAGUGUUUGGGCCAGGAGAGAAAGCCUAGUACUGGAUUUGAGCAAAUAUGUAUUCACCAAAAUCUCACUUGAUACACUGUAUUUAUGAUUUAUCUGCCAGACGAAACGCUCUCCCAUCGUUCUCAGUUUGAGUGUAAAAAUGUACAUGUGCACAGGAGGGUUGUAUUUAGAUUGUGGUAGGAAAAAAAUUAAAAAUAAAAAGGCUUCACCAAGUUCAUAUUUGCAAGGUUAUGUUUGAAUAUAAAAGAUUUAUUUUCUUAUACAGUAUUUUUAGGCAUAUGAAGCACUUUUGUAUCAUUAGGCUGAUGAAAUGAUGAAUAUUUCUGGAUUUUAGGUGUAAUAAUUGAUUGUAUGUAAGUGAUAGUAAAACAAAGUAUUUUGUAACCAUCUACUACUUUAUGACAGAUAUUAGUAAUUCUGCAAAAGUUGGAGCAACACCACUCAUAUUCAGCUGCACAGAAAUGACUUUCUGUUGUUCUACAACAGCAGAGUGCUGGGAUGAAGCUCAGCUAUGUCGUCGUAAAAAAGUAAAAUAAAUAAAUUACUACAUCCAA